CCUUCAUCCAUAGCUCUCUCAAAUCCGCUGCAUACAUAUCCUUCACCUUCCAAAAAGCCUUCGAGUGAUUCAUAUGCUUGCAAUGCGCCAGCUCAUGCACCAUGACCAUCAUAACGCACCUAUCGGGCAGCCAUUCACCCUUUCGAUUUCUCAGCACUAGUUGUAUGACUUCUCCAGCGUUAAAGUUGCGGCCGACGAAUUCGUUGUUGAAGGGGAAUUCUUCGAGGGCUUGGACUAGGAUCAUGUGCUUUUUCAUGAAGGGGUAGCAGAUUGCGGCGACGCGGUUGAGGAUGGCUUCGGCCGUUGGGGAGGUCAGGCCAGGGAGCGGCUUGAUGAAGUUGAUGAGCGCAUUAGGUCGUUGAGUGCGCUCGUUGAGACGCUCGAAACCGAGGGGCAUUUUGGGUCGGCUGCCGGAACCGACCACAAGAUGAGAUGGGGCGUGUGGGAAGUCGGAGUCGGGAUGGCGAAAUAAGUCGUUGCCGAAAAGCCAAGGCACAGUCAAAAGAACAUAGGCUGAAGGUUGAAAACGGAACGAGGAAGAGUGGAAGGAAGGGGGGACGUGAUCCGCAGCUCGGACUGGCUUUAGCUCACCCUUACCACUUCCUCGGUUCUCUCAUCCACCACCUCUCUUUCACUGCACUUCUCCCGCCAUACGGCAUGCUUUCAGCCAUCGACACUGGCACGCUUCCUUCUCUCGCAAUCGCGAUGGGUACGGGAUUUCCCCAUUUCUCGUCCAGAAUUCUGUAUUGUGGACUGAGGGUCCGAAAAGCUAUGUUGAUUGGGAAGCCCAUCGUAGAGCCCUCCGGCUUACACUUACCUUACGUACUAUCUACGGCUAUUCGUUUAUGUUUCUAUGACAAUCCAGACACAACUCUGCAUUUUCCAUUAUGCCAAAUCCUCUCACUACUGCUCAUAUCUCUAAAGCCAGGAUCCGCACCGAGCCCCCUUUCGUACUUUGCUUUCUCUGUAAGUUUAGGUGUUGGUGCAGCGGAACUCAUGUGCCUCAUCGCUCCAUUGAACGCUUUGCUAUGCCGACGUGCGAACACGAAGUCCUGGCCUAGCUACAAGGCAAUCUAUCGAAGUGUGCUGAAAGCGACAGGUCUCAGAACGAUCUUCCUAGAACUACGGCCUAGUUAUUUCGAGGGUUUUCAUCGAAUAAGCAUACUUUCCAAGCUGGCAUUACCAGUCGUCCAAGUUGAUCCCACAAUCCUCAACAAACUUGCUUUUCCUUUAGAGAUCUAG